AUGGAAGCAUACAACCCGCCCUUCGACCGCUCUUCGAAACCUCCGCUCUCGCGCUCCAACAGUUUCAAACCCACAGCUCCCGCGCGCGUGAGCACAGCUCCCCAUACCUCAAAGAAGACGCAGCACACCUCGCUCCACCGACACGGGCACCACCACCGCCAUCACCACACCAAAGAUGUCGUCCAAUCCGCCAUCCAGCUGCACGCGCCCUCAAGCUUUGCCGACCUCCUAAAACAAAACAGCCGCAGCUCUACAGGGUCGCCUGCACAAAGCGUCGCCGGGAGCCGGUCCGGGAGUGUCGUGAAGGUUGAUGGGAGUAUAGAGUCGAAGCCUUUGCAGGAAAUAAUUAUUGGGCCAGAGGAUGUAGCUAGAGAGCGGGCAAGGGCGAAAGUGAGAGAAGAUGAAAUCCGCGCCCAACUGCAGACUCUCUCCGAGUACUCUCUCAACAGCACUCGCCGCACGGACGAUACGUACUACUCGAUUCUGGAGAAGAUUGCGGUGCUUCGAUCUACUAUUGGGGAGCUGCAGGAACUGUCGAACCUGACGAAAGAGCUGCAUGAGGACUUUCAGAAUGAUGCGGAUGAAUUGGAGGAGGAGAUAAUUGGGCAGAUGGACGGGUUUCAUGAAUUUGAACCGCAAGAGCAGCAGAUGGAUGUGCUAGAAGAGCGGGUCAAGGUGGGUAGAGAGAAAGCUCGCUCUCUAAAUGCUAGGCUGAAUGAUGCACGAAACCGUGUUGACAUGCGGGAGAAGUUGGAGCAGGAAUGGGAAGCGAAGAUCAAUCGUAUGAUUCUAUGGGGCAUUCUAGGUACGAUUGCUCUGCUAUUCGUGCUAUUUGUUCUGGUCCAGCAGUUCAGAUUACCCCACAAAGCCACAGGAGAAGGUUUCUCGACAUCCAAGGGAACAUGGGACCUCCAUGAAGCAUCGAUACCCUCAUCAGCGAAGGAGGUGCUGAGCAGCUGUCACGCGCCGGCGUCCAGCAGCCUAACAGCGCCAGCUCUGCCUGUUUCUCCGUCACCGGUAGACCCUAGACUGCGUUUGUUUGACGAGUUAUGA